AUGUCUCUUUAUACCUGGAGUCUUGAUCGCGAGACGCUGGGUCUCGGGUGGCUGCCGUUUCACUCGACGAUGGUCCACUGGAGGUUCUCGGACGCCGUGUAUGUGGUGCUGGUGAUUCUGCUGGACGGGCUGAUUUUUGAGCGGAUUGAGCCGUACCAGAGACAGUUCACCGUGAACGACCUAACGAUCAGUCAUCCGUUCGCGCCAGUCGAGCGUGUGAGCGCCGAGAUGCUGCUGUGGAUAGUCACUGUUGUUCCUCCGCUCGUUAUCAUUUUUUGCGUUCUGCUGCUCACCCCUAAACAGCACAAGUUCUAUGUUCUCUAUGUGAGCAUACUAGGACACUUUGUUGCUCUUGGAACGUGCGUCUUUGUCACAGACGUGUUCAAGAACUGGAUUGGCCGGUGUCGGCCCGACUUCCUCGACAGAUGCCAGCCAGACCCGAAAGCAGUCAAGGAUACGCUCUACUACGCAAAGGAGAUCUGCACCACCAAACACAGGAAAAAGCUCCUGGAUGGCUUCCGCACCACGCCGUCGGGCCACUCCAGCAUGAGCUUUUCUGCCCUGGGCUACACCUCGCUCUGGCUCCUGGGCCAGCUGCAGGCUACCAGAUCCGAGGUGGGGGCAUGGCGGUCCGUCGUGGCGAUGCUGCCCACGUUGUAUGCCUUCUACGUGGCUAUGUCGCGCACACAGGACUACCGCCACCACUUUGUCGACGUGCUGCUCGGCUCUGUGCUCGGGUUUCUGCUGGCCUGGUGGUCCUAUAGAAGAGUCUUCCCGGCCGUGACCAGUCCCAAAAGCCACCUGCCCCACGCGCUGGCAGAUUCCGAGCACAGCUACGCCAGACUCGGCGACGAGACCUACCCGCUCACGUCCCACCCGGACGACGCCAACUCUGAGAUCCGCUCCGCUGUGUAA